UUAGCUGGAAUGAUAUUCUUAUUGAUGGGAUCUUAGGAGUUGGAAAUACUUCCUUAGGCUAUCUCUCUGUGUUUAAGGAAGAAAAAGAAAACCAUGUAGUUAAGUGUAUGCAUUAUUGCAUACUGUUUCUUUCUAUGCCUGACCAGCGGAACAAUGAACUAUAUACGGAAUAUAGCCAGUUGCCUGAUACAGUGUACCUAAACUGCUGCUUUCUGUUCCACUCAGAACACUGUAAUGUUGUUCUGUUUGAAUUCAUAAUAGGCACAGAAAAAGUACGGCAAGCUCAGGACUGCAGAGAUCUCCAUGUUGUUAACCCUGAUUGGCUGUGGAGCUGUUUGGAGCGUUGGGACAAAGUAGAAGAGCAGCUCUUUCCUUUGAAGGAUGAUUACAUCAAAGCACACAGGGAGAACAGUCCUGCUGUGUUUCCUGAUACACACAGUGCGUUCCAGACAGCUUUGUUUCACCCAACGCCUAUCCAUCCAAAGUCUCAACCUGGUCCUGAAGUUCGGCUUUAUGAUCCCAACACUGGAAAGCUAAUCAGAAAGGGCUCUCAGUCUUCUGGCCAGUCUAUGUACAUCCAGUCUCCAGCUCCUCCCCUCACCUUACCAGUACAUGGGGAGCAUUCAUCCUUCAGAGUUGUUCAACCACAUCAACAGCAGUUAUUUGACGAAGAAGAGUUGCCAGCAAGUGAGACGGAAGAGCAGCCGGGUCCAUCCAAACGGAAACGCCAGCCAAGUAUGUCCGAAACAAUGCCACUGUACACACUAUGUAAAGAGGAUUUAGAGAGUAUGGAUAAAGAGGUCGAUGACAUCUUAGGAGAAGGCAGUGACGAUAGUGACAGUGAAAAAAAGAAGCCAGAAGAGGAAGGAGAGAAAUCGCAGAGUAAUACAACAGAGACUCUAGGAAUGAAAGCAGAACAGAGGCCUGGAUCAUCAUCGUCAUCAUCAAGUGAAAGCUUAACGGGCAGUGCACCCAGAGGUCACAAGCGCAAGCUGGAUGAAGAUGCUGCUGCUAGUGAAUCUAGUAAAGAGUCCAGCAAUGAAGAUGAGGAAGGAAGCAGUUCAGAGGCAGAUGAAAUGGCAGCAGCACUUGAAGCUGAAUUGAAUGACUUCAUGUGACAGUCAUCUAACAGUGGGGAUUUGUCAUUAUGUUUUACUCUUCCUAACAGAUCAGACUUCAGAUGAGCCCCUUAUAUCAGUACUCAAUGUUUUUCCAAAAUAUGUGUGUGUAUAUUUUGCUAAGCAACCCAAGAGGUGACAUGUUAUUUUACAGAAUCAGAAAAUAGAUGUUUUUAAGGUGUUUUACUAAAGGAAAAUAUACUUUUUUAAAAAGGAAAAGUAUUAAAGGGGAUUUGGUGUGCUAUGCCAAAGACAUGAGCUCUGCAAAACCUUCACAUACUGGAUGAUAAUACAAAGGUUUGUGAUUUAAACAUACAACUUUUUAAAAAAUACUGAAAUGUGUGGUUUAGGAGUAACAGGCUUCAAAAGAAAGGAGAUGGAAUUGGUUAGAUAAUACAGUGGGAACCUAAUGAUGUGGUCAUCCUUUUUUUUUCCACAAUUAAAUACUAUCAAAUAUAAAGGAUUUUUUAAAUAAAGAACAAUUUAUAUUUGUAUAGGAAGAGAGAAUGUGAUAUGCAAGCAUUGUGAACUCUGCACUUGACCUUGACCUACCUGUUACUUUCUUCUAAGAGAAUACAUAAUGAUCUAAUGUAAUGUUUUUAAGUUACUUUGUGAACUAGUUGGGUUCUUUAGGGAGACCGUUUAGAUUAACUUUGCCUCUCUGUAACCUGGAAUUUUAGCACAGCAUACUGUGUGAUCCUGUACUGCCAUAAGAAGCUUAUUCACCCAUCUGUGUUGUUUUUGGAAGGAAUGAGUGCUACUUCAUUCUAGAUAGCAUUUAAUUUCUUUGAAAAGAUAUUUGAUGUAAAGUUUUUGUAUAUUCUAUUUCAUAUUUGACCCACAAAACAGAUUUUCUUUCAUUUAAUAAAAAUUCAUUUUGUAAA